AUGACUUCCGGUAGGUGGCAGAAGAGGGUUGGGUUAAAUGAGAUUCCAAGGAUGUUUUGUUUAUUAACCAGUCAGGCAGAUUCUCUUCCUUAGCCUGCAGCUAAUCUGCAUUCCUGCUGACAGAAGAGAUUCUCGGUAGAAAGUGUUUGUCGGUCAGCUGACAGCUGUGAGAUAGUAGCAUGUUACCGUCGGAGUUAGCGUGCAGACACCGAGCUAAUUCAACGGUAAAACCAAUCGCUCUAUUUGAAUCUAGCGGGCUAGUCUUUUUGCGUAAGCGAAACAUUUAUUUCUAUAGCGAAGCAAGGACAUUUUACCAAAACGUGCCCCCAAGGUGGCUGUUUUAGCAUCAAUGUGCGAGUAGCUAAGUAAUUGUUUCUCAUAGCAACUAGCUAGCUGUCACCAGCGGGAGUCUGAUGGAGAACUCGUUCUAAAGUUUGAAGACAUCUUCUGCUGCUGCCGAUGUCGAUUAAAUGGCAGAAGCCGAGCAGGACGAUGGGCUCGAAAUCGGUGGCAGCACGGAGAAGUUGACGGAUGGAGAGAAAGGAACUUCUCGUGGAUCAAACAACUCCUUUACCGGGGACACACAGGUGGACAAGUAUGGGUUCUUAGGAGGAGCUCAGCAGAGCGCCACAGAAGAGGCGGAGGAGAUCCCCUCUGAUGUGCUGAGGCAGCGGGAGUUGAAAUGGCUGGAGAUGUUAAAAAGCUGGGACAAGUGGAUGGCCAAAAAACACAAGAAGGUGAAAGAGCGUUGCCAGAAAGGAAUUCCUCCAUCCCUGCGGGGUCGGGCCUGGCUCUACCUCACUGGAGGGAAAGCAAAAAAGGAGCAAAACAGGAGCAAGUUUGAGGAACUGAAGAACCAUCCAGGAGAUCCCAAAUGGCUCGACGUCAUAGAGAGGGACCUUCAUCGACAGUUCCCUUUCCAUGAAAUGUUUGCAUCAAAAGGAGGUCUUGGGCAGCAGGAUUUGCUAGACGUGCUGAAGGCUUACACUGUGUACCAGUCUGAGGAAGGUUACUGCCAGGCUCAGGCUCCCAUUGCUGCUCUACUUCUGAUGCAUAUGCCAGCUGAGGAUGCUUUCUGGACUCUUGUCCAGAUCUGUGAAAAGUACAUUCCUGGAUACUACAGCACAGGGCUGGAGGCGAUCCAGCUGGAUGGAGAGAUUCUGUUUUCUAUGCUGCGCCGGGUGUCUCCUGUAGCCCACCGCCAUCUGAAGAAGCAAAAUGUGGAGCCGGUCCUGUACAUGACCGAGUGGUUCAUGUGUGCCUUCUGUCGGACUUUGCCUUGGGCGUCUGUGCUGCGGGUCUGGGACAUGUUUCUCUGUGAGGGAGUGAAGAUCCUAUUCAAAGUGGGUCUGGUUCUCCUAAAAUACUCACUAGGAACCCAAGAGAAGCUGAAGGGCUGCCAUGGUUUAUAUGAGACGAUGGAGCUGCUUCGAUCCAUUAACCCACAGUACACACAUGAAGCCUUCCUGGUGCACGAGAUAAUGGAGCUAAAGAUCUCAGAAAAAGACAUCGAGAAGGAGCACCAAACUCAGCUGCAUCGCUGGAAGGAGUCUCACGGAGAUCUCCGCUGCAAAUCCCCUCCAAGGAUGCACGGUGCUAAGGCCAUCAUAACCGCCGAGCCGCCAAAUCGCCUGGAGCUGAAACAGAAACCCACUAUCAUCGUGGAUCCAUUCCUGCCAAACACUGCAGACCAGGAGAACGCAGAUGAACCCAAGAAAAGUUUGCUAGAACCGGAAAAAGCUAGGGGAAGUAGGAAAACAAAAAAGAAAAAUGGACAUAUAUCCACCCUCCCUCCACGGGAGGUUUUUAAUCCUCACCCUUCUCCCAACGGGCUGUCUCUGGGUCUCAAACCCGAGCCCACUCAGGGGUCCAAAGAGAGUCUGGCUAGCAAUGAUGACACCUACCUGUAGCGGCACACGGGUCACACAACUAUACAAUCAUUCCAAACCGCUUUACUUUUGCUGUGACAUCCACCUUUUUUCUUUGAAAAAGUCGUGGAUGCUGUUAUUCACAUCCAAAUCAAUCCAUUUAGUCCUUAAACUCAAUAAAUCACAACCUUUUGGUGUGAAGUUUUGUGUUUUGAAGCUCUUUAAAAGAUGAAUGUUGAACACAGACUGUAAUGAGGUGAUUUAAUGUGGCUGUGGAUUACAAACAGGAGUAGGAAGGGAAACGGCGAUCUGAUGACCCAUGUUUAGAUUUAGACAGAAUAUUGUGCAUGUAAGCAGAGCAGGGGGGGGGGGGGGGGGGGGGGGGGGG